GAAAAUCAGAGGACCCAUGCCAUAUUAUCACUGGAAGUAUAUCAACUACGAAGCAAAGAGCCGAGCCAAAGAGGGCUACCGGUAUGGACUUCUAUUCAGGACGGGUUUGCACUCGCGCAAGCCUUGGAGUGGCCUAUUCUGGCAAUACCAGAGACCGAUUUGACGAUGCCCGCUGCUACAUUUCUUCCCCAUGCUGAUACGAUGGACUGGGAGAUGUUUGGACCAGAAAAUACAAUAGAUCUAUGCGAGGUUACCAUCACUUUCACCAGUGAUGUCGGGUGGGGUACGUCUUAUGCAUCGAGGUAUGAACUAGCUAACCCUCUACCCUACAUAGAUAUGAAGACUACCCCGAUAUCAUCCAUACAUGGGGAUCAUCAUGACAAGUUCUAUAACUUACUCUUUGUUCCAAAAACUCCUGAUACAAAUGCCACCAUGUCCAUUGACAACGACACUAGUGGAACUAUUGACCGCUACCUCCUGGUCGAAAGUGUAGAAUUUGGUUCAUACUCCGGGCCUCCUAUUACCAAACUCAAAAGCUACUCGCUCUUGAAACACAAAAAUGAUCAGGCCAAAUCACUGGAAUGGUCUAUUCGUUUGGAUGGGAGCAGGGUACUGGCCUAUCAAACUAUACUACAUCUGGAGCCAGGGUGGCCAGGCUUAGCUACACAAAGAGGA